AUGAAAUUAUUGUCUUCUAUCACCCUUUUGGGAACGUUAUUAAUAUCACAAGCUAACUCAUUCCCCUUUGGUUGGAAGUUAGAGAAUCUGAAUCCACUCAACUCCAAAGAACUAAGAACUUUACAAAUCAAUGAAGAUGAAAUAAUCAUCAUACCAGAAUCCGAUAAAUUGGAUCUUAUUAGAAGAGGUGUAACAUUUAUGGAUAUUACAAACGUCAAAUCCAAAUGGCCCUUUAAGACUAAAAAUGACAAGAAAAAUGACAAACCUACAAUUCCUAAAUAUUCAUACCCAACAAAUAUGACUCAAAUGGAUAAGAUCACCAACUUAAUUGAACAAAUAGAUAUGGAUUCAAUGCAUUUGACAUUGGCUAAAUUUACUAGUUUUUAUACUAGGUAUUAUAAAUCAAAGACUGGUUAUGAUGCAGCUAUGUGGUUGUCCAAAAGAAUAUCUGAAAUUGUAGCCAAGUUACCACAAGACUUUGUAUCUAUUGAGCAUGUAGAUCAUAAGUUAUGGGACCAAUUCUCUAUUAUUCUGUCAAUAAAAGGUUAUGAAACACCAGAAAAUAAAGUGAUCAUCGGUAGUCAUCUUGAUUCAAUCAACUUGUUGAUGCCCUCUAUCUUACCAGCUCCUGGUGCAGAUGAUAAUGGUUCUGGAACCACAACGAAUCUUGAAGCCCUCCGAUUAGUUGCAGAUUAUAUUGAAAGAACUGGUAAACCAUUUAAAAAUACUGUUGAGUUUCAUUUUUAUUCAGCUGAAGAGGGUGGUUUAUUAGGGUCAUUAGAUGUUUUCACUCAAUAUGCAGAAAUGAAUGAAAAAGUAGUGGCAAUGUUACAACAAGAUAUGACUGGGUAUGUAAUGGAUCCAGGAAAUGAACAUAUUGGUGUUGUUACAGAUUAUACAACUCAAUCCUUAACCGAAUUUGUGAAACGUAUUAUCGAUUUAUAUCUAAGUAUCCCGUACGUCGAAACUACAUGUGGGUAUGCAUGUAGUGACCAUGGAAGUGCUACAAGAAAUGGGUAUCCUGCCUCUUUUGUCAUUGAGAGCGAAUUUAAAAAGACAAGCAAGUUUAUUCACAGUACUUUAGAUACUUUGGAUAGAUUAAAUCUCUCUCACAUGGCUGAACAUGUCAAAUUAGUUUUAGGAACUGUUUUUGAAUUGGGCAAUUGGGAAUCCUUCUAA